GAAGUUUAGUGUCUGCUUGAACAGCUGUCUGGAUUUAAUAAAUGGGUCAAAAGAAGAUGUGCAGUGCUGUUCCUAAUAUUCAAAUACCUUUCUACUGAAGUUGAGGGUGACCACAACAGAACAGAAUACCUACUUCCUCUUUGCCUGAUGCUUCAUUUUUCUGUAUUGGCACUCUGAGGAUACCAAAACUGUUCUCACCAAUUCUUUUCUCAUCAGAAGAAGCACAUCACCAAAAUGACUGAGGUAGAAAACUACACAGACUAUCCAAACGAUCCAUUUGAUUAUGAUCAAAUUCAAACACCAUGUGACAAAGGAGAAGUCAGAAACUUCACAAAAGUAUUUUUGCCAAUUGCAUACUCAAUUAUAUGCGUCUUAGGCUUAGUGGGUAACAUCUUUGUAGUAAUGACCUUUGCUUUAUAUAAAAAACCCAAGUCUAUGACAGAUAUAUACCUCUUCAACAUGGCAAUAGCAGACAUAUUGUUUGUUCUCACACUUCCAUUCUGGGCAGUAAAUUAUGCUGCUGAAAAAUGGAUCUUUGGUGACUUCAUAUGCAAAAUUACCAGAGGUAUUUAUGCAAUCAACUUCAAUUGCGGUAUGCUACUCUUGGCCUUUAUCAGUAUGGACCGAUACAUUGCUAUUGUACAGGCAACAAAGUCAUUUAAACUUCGGGCUAGAACGCUAGCAUACAGUAGUCUGAUCUGUUUGACUGUAUGGAUAUCGUCAAUUUUAAUUUCCUGUUCCACUUUCAUAUUCAGUCAAAGCUACAGCCACUCCGUCAAUGAAACAGAACAGAUUUGUGAACACAGAUCCAAUACUGAGACAAAAGGCACUUCUUUGAAAUUAUUGCUGCUGGGUAUGCAACUUCUAUUUGGAUUUUUUAUCCCUCUGCUGUUUAUGGUAUUUUGCUAUGCAUUCAUUGUCAAUAGCUUGGUGAAAGCUCAGAAUUCCAAAAGAAACAAAGCAAUAUGUCUGAUUGUAUUAAUUGUGAUUGUUUUCCUGGUUUGUCAGGUACCAUAUAACAUGGUUCUUCUUGUGACUGCCAUAAAUAUGGGUAAAUUGAAUAAACUGUGUGAUAGUGAAAAGCAAAUAGCCUUUGCGAAGUACAUUACAGAAGUCCUGGCCUUCUUCCAUUGUUGUUUGAACCCAGUGCUCUAUGCUUUUAUUGGGGUGAAAUUUAGAAGUUACUUUGUGAAUAUAAUGAAGGACCUUUGGUGCCUGAGAUACAAGAAAUACAAGACCAAGAGUUCAAGGAUAAGUUCUGAUACCUAUCACUCCAGGCAGACAAGUGAAAUUAUGAGUGACAAUGUGUCAUCCUUUACUAUGUAAUAUAACUUCAACAUUAUUAUGAAGGAGUUUUGAUUAUAUUCAUUCAACAAUCCAAAUCAAUCUCAUUAUUCAUGUCAUAGCUAGUGAUUUUGACUCUCCAACACCCUAAAUAGUAAUUUCUAUGAUAUACAGCUCCCUCCCUCAAAACAAUUAACAUAAACAGAAGAAUGACACGACUAUGGGAAAAAAAGGGAUCCAUCUAGCCCAGUAUCCUGCCUUCCGACAGUGGCCACUGCCAGGUGCC